AGCAUAGAGACAUGAAUUACAUCAAUCAAAAUUGAGAGUUAUUUGUUAUAGCCCAUUUUAGUCUUAAAAAUUUAUUAUGACAGUCAGAAUCAGUUUAAGCUUUCUAAGGAUAUCAAUAUCAGAUAAUUUAAUGGUGUUUUAAAAUUCACUUUUGGAAAAAAGCAUAGACUAUUAAAGCUAAUGGUACUUUUAAAAAUUAGCACAUUUUAAAAUGGACAUAACUAAAAAUAUUGUGCUGGCUGUUGAACAUGACAGUAAAGGACCAGGCAGAAAAGUGAUAACUCCUGAUUUACAUUCAAGUACAUCCAGUUGACUUUGCUGGUACACAGUUCUUUAUAGCUUGCUUGUGCAUCAUUUAGUUGAUGCUAUUUGUACUUAUACAUGCAUGCUUAUCCAGUUUCUGUUGUUGUGCAGAUUCAGCUCAGUUGAUAGCUUGCUAGUACAUUGAUCCAUUUUAUACAUUGGUGCAUGGAUAAUUUAAAUCAUAGUAAAAUUCAUUAUCAUUGUGAAUGGCAUUGUUGUGUGCACAUGCGUCAAGGGUGAUUGACACACCCAAUUACACACAGCAAAUAAUGUGGUCAACUCUUCUCUUACUCUUUUGUCUUGCUGCAUUAAGUGGAACAGUAGCUCCAAUAUGCAGUGAAGGUAGUGAAACUGAUUGUUCUCUUAAUGGAGUAUGCAAUAAUGAAGGAGUGUGUGUAUGUGAUCCUGGUUGGAAAGGAGAUAAGUGUAAUCAGUUAAAAUUCAAGCCACCAAACAGAUUAGAGCCACAUGGUUACUUCAAUGGUAGCAUGCCAACAUGGGGAGGAGAUGUCAUCUAUGAGAAUGGUAUAUACCAUGCAUUCCUCACUGCUAAAGGAUACAAUACUCCACCAUAUGAUGAAUCUGAUAGAUAUGUAUGCAACACUGCCAUCAUUCGUCUGGAGGGAAAGUCACCAGCAGGUCCAUUUGAAUUUGCUGAAGUUGUCCUACCUGUAUAUCAUCAUGAGACUCAUGCUAUUAGAGCACCUGAUGGUACUAUACUUAUAUACAUGAUCAAAUAUCAGGGUGGUCAUAUGCCUGACCUUCUAUCAGAAUUGUGCUUGAUACCAGGAUGUGAUGCAAGCUACAAUAAGAGUCACAUGGUCAUAGGAAUGGCUUGGAGUAAGAGUGUGUAUGGUCCAUGGGAAGAGAAAGUUAUUCUUGAUCCAUGGCCAGGACUUGUUAACAGAUCCUCUUGGCUGUGUCAAACAAAUUGUCCCUCUGUUACUUUUGCUCCUGAUGGCAAAGCAGUAAUGGCUUUUAGAUCGAUAGAGUGUGAUAGAUCAAAUUCUAAUAGUACUACAAAAGAAAAGAUUGCUAUAGCCACAGCUCCUCACUGGUCUGGUCCAUAUACAAUACAGUCUAAAGAGCCAGUGUUUGGAUGGUAUGCUCCUGAAGAUUGGCCACCAUCAUUAGUGUAUCCUGUAGGACAAAUAAUGGCAAAUGAAGACCCAUUCAUAUGGAGAUCAAAGAGAGGAUAUCAUAUGCUUACUCACUGUCAGUUAAGUCCCAAUCAUUCAACACGUGGUGCUUACGGAUACAGUAAGGAUGGAUUAUCAUCAUGGACACUGCUACCUGAUUUAAUGUGGGAUGCUAACAUGACAUGGGCUGAUGGAUCUGUCAGUUACUUUAAACGUCGUCAAGCACCUGCAUUGUACUUUGAUGCUAAUGGACAUCCACUGUAUCUUCUUACACCAGUGGAUGAAUUGUAUCAAGAUGGAUGCAACUGGGGUCAUGGUUGGACACUAAUGCAGCCAAUUGAACAUUAAUAAUGUUAGUGAAAGUAGUCAUAGCAAUAUAAUGAGUGCUACAUGCUGUAUUUAAUUCGCUGUGAUGGUAGAUAACGAACUAAUUAGUACUGAUGAAAAUAGCCUAAUCUUCAUUGCAAGCGGGUGUGGUUACAGUGAAAUAAAAUGGCAGCUAGAAGCAGCAUAAAACUAAACUGUCAUCCAAAAUCUUCUCUAGCAGCAAGGAAGGUCAUACAGCACAACAAUAGAGUCGCUCGUGAGCUGAGCC